AUGCGACAAACCAAUGGAAGAAAGUCAAUAGAUGAGCCUAUUGAGGACAAGGCAGAAGAUGAGCCUAUUGAGGACAAGGCAGUAGAUGAGCCUGUUGAGGACAAGGCAGUAGAUGAGCCUAUUGAGGGCAAGGCAGUAGAUGAGCCUAUUGAGGACAAGGCAGUAGAUGAGCCUGUUGAGGACAAGGCAGUAGAUGAGCCUGUUGAGGGCAAGGCAGUAGAUGAGCCUAUUGAGGGCAAAGCAGUAGAUGAGCCUAUUGAGGACAAGGCAGUAGAUGAGCCUAUUGAGGGCAAGGCAGUAGAUGAGCCUAUUGAGGACAAGGCAGUAGAUGAGCCUGUUGAGGACAAGGCAGUAGAUGAGCCUGUUGAGGGCAAGGCAGUAGAUGAGCCUAUUGAGGGCAAGGCAGUAGAUGAGCCUAUUGAGGACAAGGCAGUAGAUGAGCCUAUUGACGGCAAGGCAGUAGAUGAGCCUAUUGAGGGCAAGGCAGUAGAUGAGCCCAAUGGAGGUGAGAAAACUGAGAAAAGUUCUUGGCAACUGAUUGCUUCUAAAAGGGACAGCCGUAGAAGUUGA